AAAAUCUAGAAACACUAAUCGGUGCAGCUUUAAGUCUGAGGUUCCAGAAAUACCUCCCUCCCCUCCAGCUGUGGCCCUAUGAUACCUCUCACCUCCACCACCUUCACGACCACAUGAUCCUGGUAGGAUAUUUGCUGCUUCUUUUAAUUUCAACCACCAGCCUGGAUUUCCUGUUUUGAGGAGGAUGGAGCUGUUGAAAUGCACAAUCAUCAGAAUCCCCGGACAGUGACUCAGUAGGUUGUACUCGGCGGCGGUUCGGUCUCCUCCACAAGGACAGCGCAGCGGCUCUCUGCGGAGCGCCCGUUUUCACAUCGUGUACCUUUAAAAGGUUGAACCCCGGCGCGGAUUGUGGCUCCCCUCUCGGCUCGGCUGCGUUCACCAUCCAGCAGUGACAUGGCACAGAGGCGGUGAGCUGCCAGCAGCCGCAGCAGCAUCCUGCGCCAUGGACGCGCUCCGACGGCCGAAGCGGAGCGCAGCGCUGGACGCGAUCAUGAUGCCCGUGUGGAUCCUACUGAGCUCCGUGUCCGGGCUGAAGGCGGAGGACGACGGAAUGGAAGAACUUGCCACGGAGAAGGAGGCUGAGGAAAGUCACCGACAGGACAGCGUCAAUCUGCUGACAUUCAUUCUGCUGCUGACCUUAACGAUCCUCACCAUAUGGCUCUUUAAACACAGAAGGGUUCGUUUCCUUCACGAAACCGGCCUGGCAAUGAUUUACGGGUUGCUGGUAGGUGUGAUUCUGCGCUACGGCAUUCCUGCAACCAGCUACCACAAUAAGACGCCUCCGAGCUGCUCGCUGAAGGAAGGACCUGCCAGCACCCUGCUGCUUAAUGUCAGCGGCAAGUUCUUUGAGUACACCCUCAAAGGGGAGAUCAACUCCAGAGAGAUUCACAAUGUGGAGCAGAAUGAUAUGUUGCGCAAGGUGACCUUUGACCCUGAAGUGUUCUUCAACAUACUGCUGCCUCCCAUUAUUUUCCAUGCCGGGUACAGUCUGAAGAAGAGACACUUCUUCAGGAAUCUGGGCUCCAUCAUAACCUAUGCGUUUCUUGGUACUGCCAUCUCUUGUUUUGUUAUUGGAAACCUGAUGUACGGUGUGGUCAAGCUGAUGCAAGCGGUCGGACAGCUGACGGACAAGUUCUACUACACCGACUGCCUUUUCUUUGGUGCCAUCAUUUCUGCCACAGAUCCAGUGACGGUGUUGGCCAUCUUUAAUGAGCUCCACGCAGACGGGGAUCUCUACGCUCUGCUGUUUGGAGAAAGUGUGAUGAAUGAUGCAGUGGCCAUCGUGCUCUCCUCGUCUAUCGUGGCCUACCAGCCCAGUGGUGCAAACACUCACAUGUUUGACGCUUCAGCCUUUUUCAAGUCGGUGGGCGUUUUUCUGGGUAUCUUCAGCGGCUCCUUUCUGAUGGGUGCAGCCACGGGAGUCGUCACCGCUCUCGUCACCAAGUUCACCAAACUGCACUGCUUCCCGCUGCUGGAGACGGCCCUCUUCUUCCUCAUGUCCUGGAGUACUUUCCUGCUGGCUGAGGCCUGCGGGUUCACAGGCGUCGUAGCUGUGCUGUUUUGUGGCAUCACCCAGGCUCACUACACCUACAACAACCUCUCUGAAGAGUCCACCAAACGCACCAAGCAGCUCUUUGAGGCCCUUCACUUCCUGGCUGAGAACUUCAUCUUCUCCUACAUGGGUUUGGCUCUGUUCACCUUCCAGAAUCACAUCUUCAGUCCCAUCUUCAUUCUUGGAGCCUUCAUGGCCAUAUUCAUUGGAAGAGCUCUCAACAUCUACCCGCUGUCCUUCCUUCUCAACCUCGGUCGAAGGCACAAAAUCAAGGGAAACUUCCAGCACAUGAUGAUGUUUGCUGGUCUGCGUGGGGCGAUGGCGUUUGCUUUGGCCAUCCGAGACACGGCUACCUACGCCCGCCAGAUGAUGUUCACCACCACGCUGCUCAUCGUCUUCUUCACUGUCUGGGUGUUCGGUGGGGGAACCACGCCCAUGCUGUCCUGGCUACACAUCAGGGUCGAUGUGGAUCCAGAUCAGGACCAGCAGCCGUGUGGAGACAGUUUCCAGGUCUUACAAGGGGACGGCUCCCAGGCAGAAGGACAGAGUAAAACCAAGCAGGAGAGUGCGUGGCUCUUCAGACUGUGGUACACCUUUGAUCACAAUUACCUGAAGCCCAUCCUGACCCACAGCGGCCCACCUCUCACCACCACUCUGCCCAGUUACUGCGGACCGCUGGCCAGCUGUCUGACCAGCCCACAGGCUUACGAGAACCACGAGCAGCUGAGGGACCCCGACACCGACCUCAUCCGCAACGACGCCGACCUGACCUUCACGUUCGGCGACACUUCCAUCACGGCCAACGGGGCCUCAGGCGGCGGGGCGGACGCUGCUGGGGGGUCGGGCUGGAGCGCCAAUGGAAAGAGGAGCGGCAGCACGUCUGAGGAGGCGCUGGAGCGUGAGCUGGACUCCCGCGAGCAGGAGCUGCUGAGCCGAGGCACACGGCUGGUUUUCCCCAUCGAGGACCACGUCUGACCUCGACUCGGCCCCCGCCUGAGCCGCCGACCUCCCUGACCCGACCCACGGACCGCCUCGCCCCUCAGCUCCCUCCACCUCUGUGCAGGCAGAGCUUCAGAGAAAAGACAGAACGGAGAUAUGGGAGUAGACAGGAGGGUCAGAGUGACUCCCUGUAGGCCGGGGAGCUCAGCACACGGAGCAUUUCAUCCUCAUUACAGAAAUGGAGUUUAUCCUCCAGGAGAUACGAGCGUCAAGAGAGAACGUCUCUGUUUGUCUGCUGCAUAAACAGGAGGGAAACCGGGACGUGGGGACAAAAUGCCCCCAUGAAAGGUUCAAUCUGCACUUCUGAACGUGUGGCUCAGUGUGUUCAGCUGGGAAAGAAGCAGAAACGUGAUCAGUCUGUCUUCACAGUGCACCAGUCAGCAGCGACACAACGCUCAGAGCCCCAGACCCAUCUAGAUGUGGCAGAGGCCUCACAGACUGAGUUCCAUUUCUGCCAUCCAUCCAAAGCUGCUAACAGUCCAGUGAUUGAGAAAAACAUCCAUUCUUUCACACAAAAGCAUUCAUUUGAGGCGCUUGAGGCCUGUGAGGAGCACAGAGCUGGACGGCCAACACGUUUCCUUCGUCAUGGGUAAAGAACGUGAGCAUGUAAAUAGCUACAAUGCUGAGCUUUGUUCCUCUUUAUCGGAGCCGCUCGUCUCAGUGCUUUACACUCAGUGACUGUUACAGAUAACGUGUGUGUGUCUUGUCUUUGAGCAGGCUGGGAUCCUUUUCUGUGUUCUGGACUGUUUUUAACGCCAAUAACACAAUUGAGGGACUAAUUUUAUUGUUUCUUAUGAAAAAAGACUGAUUUUCCCAAAUUGUAGAAACAGGCAUGCACCCUAAUGCAGUUUAGGAAAAUACAGACAAGGCCUCAUUGUGUUUUUUCUUUUUUUGCAAAAAAAAUGUUAAUUAAAUGAGAAGAAAAAAAUCUAGUCAUCAAAGGAACUGCUGCAACUCUUGUCAUGCUGAUAUAUCUGCUGAUGAGUUUCUUGAUUAAUCGCUUCAUUGGUUAAUUUGUUUGAGAGGCCAGUUUUUAUAGAAGGCAAAAUGACAAAGAACAGAUGUAAAUCCUCACAUUGGAGAGGCUAAAACCAGCGAAUGUUUGACUUUUUUGAUUGCAAAAUGACUGAUUUAUUUCAGCUGACCGACUAAUUCCAUUCGUUGUUGCAGCUCAAUAUUUAAGUGACUUGUUGCGUUUCGAAAUGCAGCACAGCAUAAGAAACGCUGCAACCAGUACCACGUCUUUACCUGGUUUUACUUUGAACUUAUGGCCCCAAAGUUUCAGACAUGUGAAACUUAAAAUCCGAACUAAAUAAAAGGCAGAGACCCCUGACACUAACCACAGACAACAGGAGAUUAAUAAAAGAAGUGCUUGCAUAUAAACUAAACCUUUACCUUCAUCAGCAGUGUGUUGACACAUAAACAUUGAUGUCUCUGGGCUCUUUACCCACAUAUUAACCCCAAUAUAUAUAAAUAUUAACACACUUUCAUUAACAGAAUUUCCCUGUUUGUUUCCUGUUCUUUCUUGGAGCUUUUCUGAGUUCACAUUUGUCUGCUUACAUUUUCACCUUAACCCUCCCGUUGUCCUCAUUUACAGGCACCAAAAAAAUAUUGUUUCCUUGUCUGAAAAAAAUCCAAAAAUUCAGCCAAAAAAAUCCCAAAAUUUUUGAAAAUUUGCAAAACCUUCAGGAAGAAAAUUAAAAAUUUCCUUUAAAAAUUUUAUUUAAAAAAAAUCCAAAAUUUGUCAAAAAAAACUUCUUGUAAAUAUUUUCAAAAAAUUAGUAAAAAUCUUCCAAAAAAAAUCCUAAAAAUAUCUGAAGUGAUUACAUAUAUAAGUAAAACUUCUAAUAUUUUCUUUAAGAACAUUCACAAAAAAAUCAACCAAAAUCCAGCAAAGUUCGCUGGAUUUUGGUUGAUUUUUUUGUACUCUAUUUUUCUUGCUACACUAACCAGCUGGUGGCAUAGUGAGCACAUUUUUAAUCUCCUCAUCUAACUCUAUCAGAAAACUAAUAAAUGCCAAACAACUGUGCAGCUAAUUUGCCUCAUUCAUUCCUCCUUGCUGCACAUGAAUAAUGCUAAACUCGAGACUUCCUUCAGCUUUAAUUACAAGUAACCCGAUCAUCCGUCUUUCUGAAAACACAGAUAAUGAACAGGAACAUACUGUAUGAUGUUCUCCAUUAAUAAAAAGACUUGAACCGUCUACGGUUCCUGUUUUGGUAUCGUAUUACCCCAUAUUUUCUCAACACUAGACUGGUUCUUCCAUUCACUUGUUGCUUAACUCACAUGUCUUCAGUAUUUCACUUUUUCUAUUUGUCCCACUCGACAUUUUCAGCACCCGACCACACAAACGGACUGAUUUGCAUCGCCCAUGAGCAACACACGUGAAAUUAUUAAUACCGGAUCUUCUAACCACAUUUCCUCACUGUUUGCAGUUCUGAAAUUCCUCCUAUGCAGUACGAUUAUAAGCGGAAACCUGUUGAUUUGCAUAGUUUCCUCCUCAAGAUGCUACAUUGAGCUCUUAUCCAAUAAAUGCAACCAGCAGCGUAUGACCUUGGGCUUACAACGCUCCACUCAGACACUUCAGAGUGGUGCAGCAGCUGGUUUGAAGCAACAGCUGGGAAUAAGAGGUUUUUCUUCUGUUGAUUCUUGCUCCUUAUUUAGUCCCGACACCUGAACCGGUCCUCGUUUUAAAUUCACCACACGGCACACGUCGCCUUUUGUUUCCCUUCCUUCCGACUGCACACAGAGCCUGUUGCAUUUAUGUAUGAGCACACGGGGGCAGGUGUGAAAGGCGUUACUGUGAAUCCGAGGCUUUCGUGUGAGGGAGAAGCACCCCCCCCCCCCCCCCCCCCGUACAACUUUGGAGACGUGUACGAGGAAAUGAAUCUGCGUAGUUAUGUAAAUCUGUUGCCAAUCUGUAAGCAGUGUGGCUCCUCUAAACUGCAGUGAAGCUGUUUAGCAUCAGCUUUCAGUGUCUGACGGAAUAAUCACUUGUUUGACUGUGAUAUGGAAAGGUUGCACAGCCCCAAGAAAAGUACAUGCAGCAGAUGUUAUUGUGUGUCUGGAAUGUGAAAAGCAAACUGAUUUUUUUUCUUCCCCACAAUUCCUGCUGUAUCGGCUGACAUUAGUGCAGAGAAACUGGAGUUUUUCUUCAGGAGCACUUUGUCGACAUCGUGAGCGACUUAAACGACGGCUGAAGACAGAUAAAUGAGCGGAGUUCGGCACUUUACCUCGAGCAGAGGACACUCUUAUGUAACCUUCCUGUGCACUCUCCGUUUCUCUCUCCAGACUGUUGUGCUGUCACUUGUCUUGCCGGCUAUAUUUAAAUGCUCUCUGUACCUGAGAAAUAUGAGAUGUAGCCCGAUCGUCUAUACGUGCACCUGUUGUUUCUAGUAGCAACCGGCUGCCAGGCUCCAUCCGCCAUCAGUUUGCAUGUCAACAUGUUAAUAAAAAGACUAAUUCUGAGCCACA